AGUCGCCGCGCGCGGUUCAGCAGGUGGCAGCGAUGGCCCAGUGCUGAUUGCCCCGCCAUGGCCAGAGCCCCCGGCCCGCUGCGCCUAGCGCUCCUGCUGCUCGGGGCGGUGGGCAGAGCCGGCCCCCGCCCCCAGGGUGCCACUGUGUCCCUCUCAGAGACAGUGCAGAAAUGGCGUGAAUACCGGUACCAAUGCCAGCUCUUCCUGACUGAGACUCCACCUCCAGCCACAGGUCUGUUCUGCAACCGGACGUUUGAUGACUACGCCUGCUGGCCAGAUGGGCCGGCAGGCUCCUUUGUGAAUGUCAGCUGCCCCUGGUACCUGCCUUGGGCCAGCAGUGUUCUGCAGGGCCACGUGUACCGAUUCUGCACGGCUGAAGGCCUCUGGCUGCGCAAGGACAACUCCAGCGUACCCUGGAGGGACCUGUCAGAGUGUGAGGAGUCCAAGCGAGGGGAGAGAAGCUCCCCAGCGGAGCAGCUCCUGUCCCUGUACAUCAUCUACACUGUGGGCUACGCACUCUCCUUCUCUGCGCUGGUCAUCGCCUCAGCCAUCCUCCUCGGCUUCAGACACCUGCGCUGCACCCGGAAUGACAUCCAUUUGAACCUGUUUGCAUCCUUCAUCUUGCGAGCACUGUCCGUCUUCAUCAAGGAUGCAGCCCUCAAGUGGAUGUACAGCACGGCCGCCCAGCAGCACCAGUGGGACGGGCUCCUCUCCUACCAGGAUUCUCUGGGCUGCCGCCUGGUCUUCCUGCUCAUGCAGUACUGUGUGGCGGCCAAUUACUACUGGCUCCUGGUGGAGGGCGUGUACCUGUACACACUGCUGGCCUUCUCCGUCUUCUCUGAGCAGCGGGUCUUCAGGCUGUACAUGAGCAUCGGCUGGGGUGUUCCCCUGCUGUUUGUCAUCCCCUGGGGCAUUGUCAAGUACCUCUAUGAGGAUGAGGGCUGCUGGACCAGGAACUCGAACAUGAAUUACUGGCUCAUUAUCCGGCUGCCCAUCCUCGUUGCCAUAGGGGUGAACUUCCUCAUCUUCGUCCGGGUCAUCUGCAUCGUAGUGUCCAAAUUGAAGGCUAAUCUCAUGUGCAAGACGGAUAUCAAAUGCAGGCUUGCCAAAUCCACACUAACCCUCAUCCCCCUGCUGGGGACCCAUGAGGUUAUCUUUGCCUUCGUGAUGGACGAGCAUGCCCGGGGGACCCUGCGCUUCAUCAAGCUGUUCACAGAGCUCUCCUUCACCUCCUUCCAGGGGCUGAUGGUGGCCAUCUUAUACUGCUUUGUCAACAAUGAGGUCCAGAUGGAGUUUCGGAAGAGCUGGGAGCGCUGGCGGCUGGAGCACUUGCACAUCCAAAGGGACAGCAGCAUGAAGCCCCUCAAGUGUCCCAGUAGCAGUCUGAGCAGUGGGGCCACCGUGGGCAGCAGCGUGUAUGCGGCCACCUGCCAGGCGUCCUGCAGCUAAGACUACAGUGCCCACCCCGUGGUCCUUGCUGCUGGCUGGGCAGCCACCCCAGGUGGGAGAGACCCUCCCAGGGACAGGGAAGGAAGGGACACAUGCACACAUACAUCUCUGCUUUCCUUUCUGAAACCCACGAGACAGGCAAGUGGGCAGUGCCUCCGGGACCAUGGACACGUUUUCUCAGAGGAGAAGCAGUCUGCUAAUUUGAUCACUGUGGUGAGAGGCCAGGAAAAAUGAUUGCUGUGAAAAUGAGGAGGAUUUCUUCCCUUUAAGUGGCAAGGCCCUUGGGGUUCCCUUAAGCAGAGCAGCAAAUCAACCCCAGGCUCAAACUCAAGGUCAAUGGCUUAUUACUGGGAUUGGGGCUUAAAAGAAGAGGUGGAUCUGAAAGAUGCCCAUAUAACCUCAGCCAAACACGGGCCUGGAAGGCUGCUCUGCCUGUGUUGGUGAGGUACCUGCCCUCAUCUGCCUUCUCAUUAAGGGAAGCUUUUUGUGUCUAGGGUACUUGUUCCUCUCACUCCAUCCCCUCAUCUCACUACCCAGUUUUUCCUUGGGGGGCUUUGUUUGGGCCACCACCAGCAGCUUUUCUGGAAGUGGCUGUGGGUGGUAUUAAGAAUAAGCAUUGAGAAAGUGCCUGAAGAUUUUCUGCAGUGGUGCCCACUUCUUCCCCGGGUAUCUGAGUUGCUUUGGUUCCUGUUUCUGCCAGGGAACCAGGGCAAGGCUGCCGCUGAAGAGGCCAGACUGGUGUGUGAGCUCCAGCUCUGUUUUAAUGAUGCUCAGGAACCCUCUGGGGUUCAUCUUUGGGUACUUCAGGAAUGUCUGCAGAGUGGAUAUAGGUUACCUGCCAGUGCCAGGAACCCAGAGGGCCAAAGGACCCAUUGCCUCCAUCUCUCCAUGGGAGCACUUUUUAUCUGUGACCAGACUCUGUAUCUUGAAUAGAGGUUUGGGUGCUCCCCUCUAACUUUAUGAGAUGUGACCAAGAAGAGACUCUCCCAGGAAAACCAGCUGUCUGCAUUGUUAUUGUGGAGGCCAGCUUCCCCUGCCUUUGAAAUCCUCCACUGGGAGCUUGUAUGUACUGUCUUUACACUCCCUUACUGCUUUGAAUAGUCAUAUGUGUAUUCACUCCUCCUUACUGCUUUGAAUAGUCGUAUGUGUAUUCACACCCCCUCACUGCUGUGAAUAGUCGUAUGUGUAUUCACACCCCCUCACUGCUGUGAAUAGUCGUAUGUGUAU